AUGUCGCAGCAUAAUUUCGAGAAUUUCGGGCAACAGAGAUUGACGACUGAGUUUCUCGAUGGAUCAACCUUUAAUUACAGGCAUACUUAUUUGGACCCCGGACAACCGUUGAGAGUUGAAACCUGGGCCAGAGUGGACACGCUUGGGUCCGGCACGUUUGGAACCGUGUACAAAGAAGUAUGCGCGGAGACGAAAACCGUGCGGGCUGUGAAAAGGAUUCACAUAAGGUUAGCCAAGCCAAAUGAGCUCGAUAUCUUGACUCAGCUCCGCGCGUAUCCCGAGUAUUUUGUUCAAUUAUUGGGGUGGUUCAACGACAGUGACUAUAUCUAUUUGGCGAUGGAGUACCUUCCCGGCGAUUUGGGCGCAUUGAUGAAGGAGCACAGUCUAUCCGAAAAUGAAACUAAGAUGGUGACAAAGCAAGUUCUGGCGGGUUUGGAAAUAAUGCAUGACAAGAAUAUAUGCCACCGAGACUUGAAGCCAGGAAAUAUUCUCGUUGCUAAGUGGAUACCCCUUACAAUCAAGAUUGCGGACUUCGGAGUCUCCAAAAGCCUUGACGGUACACAAGGCCGAACCACCACAGGAACGAAGCCCUUCAUGGCACCUGAGAUUUGGGGCUUUGGGCAGUCAUUGACUAGUGCAUACACCACUGCGGUCGACCUUUGGUCUUUGGGAUGCCUAGUGUAUUAUAUGAUGACAGGGCGCGUGCCUUUCCCGGAGACCAGGAACCUGAUGAACUUUGUGCAGGGUCUUGGGACGUUCCCGCCAAACACCUUAGAGGCGUCGAGCCUAUCAGUACUGGCCGUUGGUUUUAUGGCUAAUCUUUUAAGGACAAACCCACAGGAGCGAUCGACAGCAUCCAAGGCCCAGCUUCAUACAUGGCUGAUUAUUAAAGACGACAAUCCCACGAUAUGGACCAUGUUUCCCUCGGCACCGAGGGCUAUGCCCCCUCCAAUCCCUAUAUCCGGACAAAGCGCAGCCAAAAAGGUUGCUAAGUCGGCUAAGACUAGGUCGAAACCGGUGCUAGAUUUUGUUCCUCCUAGCCUUGCCAUUUCGAACGACUCAGGUAUAGAACUCGCUGCACCUGCGACGCCCGAACCUACGAGUGGUUCAGACCUUGAUUACAAAGGGGAGCCGGGCUUGAAGGCUCCACGACAUAGAGUUAGACGUUCUCUUUCACCGGCUCCUGGAGUGAAAAUGAACCAUGCCUUGGUAGCUGCAGCUAAAGGUGGGAAAUGUGAAUUAAUCAAGAUACUGAUUCAGAAAGGGGCGCUUCCAAUGGGCGAGGACAGCUCCGGAGAGACACCAAUGUAUUCCGCUGCGAGAAAUGGCCAUCUCCCAGCCAUAAAGAUAUUGUUAGAGAACGGAGCAAAUAUCAAGGCAACGGGAAGCAGGCACUUAUCUGCACUACAUGGCGCGGCCGCAUGUGGAAGCUCUACUCUCAUUCAUUACCUGUUAGAUAAAGGCGCGGAGGUUAACGAAAAGCAAACCGACGGCCGUACUGCACUACACAUAGCCGCACAAGAAGGACAUACGAACAUCGUCCCCCUACUGCUUGAGAAAGGGGCCGACCUAUCAUCCAAGGAUCGUGAUGGCUUGAGCGUGUUGCAUAUGGCUGGGCGGAAUGGCAAACUGGCUACAGUGAAUGCGCUGCUUGACCAAGGCGCCGAUAUUUCGGAGCGUGUUGGUGCUAAGGGGUGGUCUGUGCUGCUUAUAGCCGCGUGGAACGGCCACUUAGAUGUGGUUCAACUUCUCCUCCGUAGAGGUGCCGAUAUUGACUCGAGGAGAGGAGACAACAAUUGGAAUGCUCUGCACAUUGCUGCUUACUGGGGCGAUGUGGAGCUGAUGGAGCUCCUACUGGAUGAAGGCGUCGACAUAUCAACAAGGCAAAGCGCAGGCUUCAAUGCUCUGCAUCUUGCCAUACAAGGAGGCCACCUAGAUGCAGUACAAGUGCUCCAUAAAAGAGGCGCUGAUCUAUUUGCGAUGGUUGGGGACAAUGGAUUUAACCCUCUUCACAUCGCCUCACGGAACGGCCAUUCGGAUGUAGUACGGUUUUUGCUUGAUCAUGGCGCGGACAUAUCUGCAACGAAGGCUAAUGGAUGCAAUGCACUGCAUCACGCAGCUGAGAGAGGUCAUCUGGAAGUCAUAGGGCUGCUAUUAUCUCGAGGUGCCUUCAUAUUGGAAGCGGAUAAUCGUGGGUUCACUGCUCUUUACCACGCAAUAUACCAGGGCCAUCUGAAGGGAGUGGAAUUACUUCUGGGGUAUGGAGCGGAUAUGUCCAAAGGGGCUGGGACCGAGGGAUGGACAGCAUUAUAUAUUGCAGUAUGGAAGGGCCAUGUAGGAGUGGUGAGGUUGUUGCUUGACCGAGGUGCCGAUAUAAGUGAGCGAAAGAAGGACAAUGGUUGGAAUGCUCUGCAUAUUUCUGCCUACGAGGGGCAUACGGAGGUCCUAGAUCUGUUGUUGGAGAGCGGGGCUGUUCUAUCGGAAAAGGAAAAUUCGGGUUGGAGCGCUUUACAUUUAGCUGCAAGGAAAGGCCAUCUGGCAGUUCUGAAAGCGCUUCUUGAAAGGGGCGCAGAUGUGUUGGAAAAAGAUAAAGUCGGCUGGGAUGCUCUACACGUCGCUGCGCAUGUCGGAGAUACCGAAACGGUAAAACUCCUACUUGACAAAAAAGCAGAUAUCAACCACCAGGACAACAACGGCCUUCAUGCGUUACAUCUCGCCGCUCAGGAGGGUCAUGUGGAAGUGGCGAGCCUCCUUAUCUAUAGAGGCGCGAAAACAUCGAGAAAGGACGAUAGGGGUUUCAAUGCUCUACACUACGCCACACAGCAAGGUAAUCUGGAAAUGGUAAGCAUGCUAUUAGACGGUGGUGCAUAUGUAUCCGAACGGGCCGGGACGGAAGGAUGGAACGCACUCAAUAUUGCGGCGUGGAAGGGGCAUCUAGAUGUGGCUCGCCUUCUACUCGAUCGAGGUGCUGAUAUCAACGCAACUACGGAUGAUGGGUGGCGAGCUCUACAUUUUGCUGCACAGGAGGGCAACGAGGAGUUGAUAGAGCUCCUGUUGGACAGAGGGGCGGACUCAAUGGCCUUAACCGAGGACGGUUCGACGGCAAUAGACAUAGCUAUUGAAGAAGACCACCACGAUAUUGUAUUCUUGUUGAUUGAAGAGCCUGCACAGGAUCUUCGUGACAAUACGGCGCUGAGUACUUGGGAUAAUGCCUACGGCUUGUAA